CUUGGUGAACAGUCAACCACGGUCUGGCUAGUUCGCUUGGCGUGGCGUGGUUAUGCAGAAUGAAGACAAACAAGAAACACACACCAAAUACACAGAGUGACAGCUGGGUUGUCGUUGCCGCAGACUCAGCCAUCGACAUACAGAAGCAUGACAGUGACCCUGAUUUUGUGAGACUGAGAAAUCCCUCAACAGAUGCGGCGUCUUUGUACCUGUUGAGCAGCGGUGAUGUGCAGCUUUACGAGGUCAAAGCAUUUAAAGAAGACUUUCACUCCUGGUUCAUUGGACAGACUGUGCAGAGAGAUGGGAGACUUCUCUUUAUUACUCCAAUGGACCCUCUCUAUCUUAUUUUGCCUUAUUUAAUGAAAGCUGAAAAGGAGGGACAGUUCCAGCCCAUGGAUCAAGUGGUACUGGAUGAGGAGUUUCCUGCUUGCCCGAGGCUGCUAAGCUGCACACGGUCCCGGGCUUCCCUACACCACAUUGCUGAAGAGAAAGAGGUGGGAGGCGUGAAGUUUCACAGAUACAGUCAGGGGAAGACCAUGGACUGGUUAAAGAUAAAGGUGGAGAGGACGGUGACUGCCCUCAGGAAGAGUAACGUCGCAGUUGGAGAAGGAGUGAAGUCCACAACAUUCAUCAGGGUGAAGAUGGAGUCUGACGCUCGUGACGAAGAUUACCUUCGCUAUGCCCACGGCCUUGUAUCCGAAUACAUCAGCAAAGACUUGAGCAAAGCCCUCCUUGAGCACUUACAGUUACCCGAACUCACCAGCCCCAAGGAGACUGAGCCUCCUUCUAAGAAGCGGAAACUCUCAGACAAACCAGUGGAGGCCAAAGAGGACUACACCAAAUUCAACAGUGGAGAUUUCACCCGCAAACCGCCCAAGAAGAUGACAGCUGCUGAAAAAACUCUGGCAAAGGUGGACAAAACUGGCAUGAAGACUUUGUCAUCUUUCUUUAGCCCCAAGGUCAAAGCAGAAAAGAAAUGAAUAUUGUAUGUAGCUGUAGUUUUCUACCUUAUCUGUGUGUGCACGACAGUUUUGUAAUAAAGAAGAAAAUAUAUUUAAUGUUGAAUCCAUU